AUUAUUAUUACUCACUAUUGAAAGCAUCUCUUGCUCCACAAUGUUUCCCUUUUCUUUUUCCUAUUAGCCCAUUUCUUUCACUAUGCCCUCUACUCUUUUCUGUUGCUAGUACGACUCGGUUUCUUUGAUACACUUCAUACUCAUGGCCGAGUCAACUCGUAAAAAGCCGAGUUCCCAAACAAGAAAACUUUCUUGGUGCUGUUCCUUAACUGGGUAUCCUCCAAGCCCUGAGAACCCAGUAAUACUACCUAAAACUAUUCACAAAAAAGCUGACUCGCUAUCUAAACUCAGUUUCAACUCGGUACCCAACUCACCUCUUAGCGCCAAAUCCGGGCUACAUUUUGUCGGUAGGAUAGACCCACGUAGAAUUCUCUCUCCUGGUCGGGUUUCUCCUAUAGACUCGGACCCUACUGCCUACCCAUUUCAAGAAAUCAUCACUGAGCCGUUACAUACAGACCGAGUUGAAUCUGCUCCGAAAUCAAGAUCCGAGUCUUUCCGGGGCAAAAAUGACGGGUCUUUAUCGUAUUCGGGUUCCGGGGCGGAGGCCUGUGGGGGUGUGUUUGAUGUUAGGCUGAAUUUAAAGGGGAAAAAUGGAGGAGCUUUAGUGCUGGAAACGAGUUCGGAGGUUCUAAUUGCUAAUUCAGAGGUUUUUGGUGGGUUGAUUUCGGAAUAUCGAAAAAGUUUGGGGUCGAAAAGUAAAAGUAGUGGUAGUAAUGAUAGUGAUGAUUCAUUGAAGAUGUGUAGAAUAGAAGUGGGAGAUGUGGAGAAUUUAGGAGUUUUUAAGCAAACUGUUGAGUUAAUGUUUGAGGAAGAUAUUACUAAAAGGCUUGUAAAGGUUGGGGUUUAUAGAGCCAUUGAUAUACUUGAGGUAUCAGUUGGCAUCAAAUUUACAAGAGGUGUUUUGUCUUGUCUGAAGUACCUCGAGGUUGUUCCUUGGACUGAGGAAGAAGAGGAAAAACUACGAAGCCUGUUUUCAGUGGGUAACUUUGAGAAGACAGCAUCUCAAGACAUUUUGGCCAGGCUGUACUUGUCUGACUCAGUAGAUUCCCAACAAAACUUAGCUAGACAGCUUGUAUGGUCCAUUACCACCUGUACAGAUGCAAAUGCUCGAAAUGAACUGAAAUCGUUAGUGAAGGGUCUUUUAUGCAAAAGCUCUGUUUAUGAGAAGGACCAACCUGAUUUAAGCAAGGAGGAUCUCUACGUUGUUUGUCAGUCCUGUUUAGGUUCACUGCUCACCCUUAUGAAGGAGGGCUUUGGCAGUGGGAGAGCAGAAAAAAGAGAAAAUGGUAAACCUUUGAUUGAACGCAUCUCCAGACAGGUUGAUAACAUCAACUGGUUGCUUGAAAUACUUAUUGAUCGGCAGAUGGGCGAGGAAUUUGUGGAUAUGUGGGCAGAUCAAGAGGAAUUACUUAAAAUGCAUGAGACUGCAUCUCCGAUGGUCAGAUAUGAGCUUAGUCGGGUUUCUGCAACUAUAUUCAUUGCAAUGGGGACCAGAAAACUGCAUUGUCGGGCAGAGGUAAGAGCUGGGCUUCUCCAGGCGUGGUUUCGUCCAAUGCUAUCCGACUUUGGUUGGCUGCAGAGAUGCAAAAAAGGGUUGGACAUGAAGAUAUUGGAAGAAGCCAUGGGUCAGACACUCUUAACACUACCCCUCAAGUUGCAGUAUAUGUUGUUUAUGGAUUGGUUUAGUUGUUUCUCCAAGCAUGGCGCGGAAUGCCCCAAUCUGAGCAAAGCAUUUCAGAUAUGGUGGCGUCGAUCAUUCCUUGGAGGAUCAGAAACUCAUGCCAUUGAGUCCAGGUAACAGAUUGCUAAUUGUUAGGUUGAGGAAAUAAUGUAGAUUAACCAUGUAGAAUUAUUAUAGUAUCUGGUAGAGAUAUAUAUUUUGUAUGAGAUUAUAUGCAUCUCUACUGAUGAAAUAUUUGUGAGUGCAAGGCAAGUAUAGUGCUUCUUUUCAGCAAAAUCAUGAUUGAUAUCAGAGGAUGAUGUUGAUGUGAUUUUUUGUAUUUUUCUAAAUCUUUGGAAGUAUAUAGCAGAUGUAUUAUUAUAGACAUGAGCAAUUUGCCCCUUGAA